AUGGCUUUCGCUGUGGGACUGUCGCACGUCGCUACAGUGAAGGACCGGACGAAUGAGUUUCGGGGCGUCUUGAGCAAGUUCUCUGCUGCCACGCCUGCUCCCGCCGCUGCUCCCGUCAGCAAGCGUCCCACUACUGCGCAUGCUGAAUUCUCACGACGGGCGCAAGCUGUAGCGCGUGAUCUAAGUCAUACCACCGCGAAACUGGACCGGCUCUCGCAGCUGGCCCGAAGAAAAACGCUUUUUGAUGACAGACCUGUUGAAAUAUCGGAGCUUACUUACAUUAUCAAGCACGAUAUUGCCGGACUGAAUCGUCAGCUCGCUGAGCUGCAACAAUACUCAUCAAACCGCAGCGCUAAGCUAAACCGAGCUGAUGAGCACCGUGGAAAUGUCGUGACGAUGCUUCAGUCGACACUUGCAAGUACGACGACGAAUUUCCAAGAGAUUCUUGAGGUUAGAACGCAGAACAUGAAAGCAUCAAAGGACCGUUCAGAGCAAUUCUUCCAGGGAGCGGCGCCAACGUUGGAUCAACAGAGAUCCAAGUCGCCACUCUACACACUCGCUCGUGCGCAACCGCCUGCAGCAGCGCCGCCUGCAUCAGCGCUGCAUCACCGGGGUUCUACAAGUCAGCACGCGUUACGCGACGAAGAAGCGCACUCCGUUGACAAGGGCUUCCUUGCGUUGGAUAUGAUGGAAGCUGGCGGCCUACAGCAGCAGCAGCUUAUGUUGAACGAAUUUGAAGACCAGCAGUCGAACUACUUGCAUCAACGGUCCAGCGCGAUUGAAUCUAUCGAAUCGACCAUCUCUGAAUUGGGACAAAUCUUCGGGCAGCUUGCACACAUGGUUGCACAACAAGGUGAAACGGUCCAGCGAAUCGACGAUGAUGUCAUGCACGUGUCCGAUAAUGUUGAAGGUGCUCGUCGUGAAUUAUUAAAGUACUAUACCAGCAUAUCAAACAACCGGUGGCUCAUGCUGAAGAUUUUUGGUGUUUUGAUCGUUUUUUUCCUACUGUUUAUUCUCGUUUCCUAA